AUGGGCGGUGGCAUGAGAGGUUUAGAGGGAUUGGGCGGUGGCAUGGGGCCUGCUGGAGCGGGCGGAAUGGGAGUUAGACCGCCAUCUGGCAUGCCGCCGGAAUACACGUCCAAUCCACCAAUACCUCCUCGCUUUGGUGCUGGCGGAGGUAUGUUGGGGCCAGGCAUGAACCCGUACACAAACCACCCGGGACCACCAUCCAGCCAGUCAUCGAGUAGCGUUCCUGAUCCACCUCAGGCGACGCGACGACACUCCGGCAGAAGGCCAAGACACUACGAACACAUCCCCAUGGGCGCGUAUGCCAACGCCGAGAAGCCACGGCGGCCUCGGGCGGAGCCGCGAACGUCAGCCCGUCUGAACCGCGGUCAACCUUUUCACAAGAAAGUUGGACCAUCGGGGAAAGAGUGGAUCGAGGGCGACAACGCCUGGCUUGAUGCUUGUACCUGCACCACAGGCUGCAACUGCCGGAAAAGCUACCGCGUACUAUACCGUGCCCAGAACGAUCCCCAGCACCAUGGCAGCGACUCCAACGAAGACGAACAAGACCACCUCCGCACUAGCGGUGAGAUCAGAUACAUACUGAAAACCGACUUGGGCCGAGACUGCGGCGAUCACACAGCCUGCAAAAAGAGCAGCAGUGAAAGCGACAGCAGCAGUAGCAAAGACGAAAAGAGUAAAAGGAGAAAGAAGAAGACGAAGAUAAAGUCGGAUGAGAAAGCGGACAAGAAGCGCAAAGACCAGUUCGACACACUCAAAGAUGACAUCUUGGAAGCGUUGCAAGAUCUCAGGAAAGACAGUCGUCAGCAACAGCAACGACGUCAGCGUGACAGUUCCGAAAGUCCCGCUAGACAACCUUUCGGCGGCCCGAACAUGGGCCAGCGUGCUUUCAUGAUGAACAACGGCGGCGGUGGUGGUGGUGGCAUGGAUAUGGAUCCGCGAAUGGCACAGCAGAUGGGCAUGAUGUCCGGUGAUCCAUACGGCACCACGGGUCGGAUGCCACCUGGCAUGGCUGAUCCAACAGUGACGGGUGGUAAACGGGGUAUGAUGCAUCAUGGCAUGGGUGGUAUGGGCAUGGGUAUGGGCAUGGGAGGGGGCAUCGAAAACGACAUGUUGUCAGAAAUGGACGACAUGGGGCUAAACAUGAACAUGGGGAAUCCGUAUAUGCAAUCUGCCGGCGGCGGUCUCCUAGGCAAGAAUGGAGGUAUGCGGCACCCCUUCCUGUCGCAUCGAGGGGCGGCCAAAGCAGGCAGGCAGUUUGGCAAUGGGGGCAUGGAUAUGGAUAUGGAUCAGAUGGCGGCCAUGUACGCCAAAGCCAUGGGGAGUGGACGCCGCGGAGGCAUGAUGAUGGGCGGUGGACGCAAUCGAGGUGGAGGAGGUAGACGAGUCCACUUGGACACAUCGUCUGAUGAGUUCGAUCUCGGACCAGGACCUUCGAUGCGGUCGUCAGGCAUACGACAUGAACAAGGCGGCGGCGGCGGCGGCGGAGCAGGAGGAAUCCGUGACCGGGCCGGUAAGUAA